AUGCUUAUGAAAGGCAGGCGCUACAUUUCACCGUCGUGGGAGGGAGUGCGGUGGGAGGGAGUGUGGUUGGAGGGGGUGUGGUGGGCGGGGAAACCCACGGUACUCCUGCUGCAUGGCUUCUGCGCUGCUUCCUCCUUUUGGACCGACACUGCUGUGCCGUUUCUCCCCAGGAGCUUCCUGGAGGGCAGGAGGGUGGUGGCGGUGGACCUGCUGGGGUGGGGCAAGAGCCCCAAGCCCAGGGACUGUGACUAUAGCAUUGAGGAGCACGUCAGCUGGAUAGAGCGCACGGUGCUCGCCCCACUCGGCAUCUCCACCUUCCACAUCGUGGGCCACAGCAUGGGGGGCUUGAUAGGUGCGGUUCUGGCUGCUCGCAACCGACACAGGGUGCUGUCUCUCUGCCUCUACUCGCCUCCCUUCAUCCCUCCCCGACCAGGCCUCACACCAGCGGAGGAGUUUUUCCAGCAAGUCGCCCCGCGCUGCUUCUCCCCUGCACUGCUAUUGUGCACCAGCAUGGUGGCGUGGUUCGAGCACGUGGGCCGAGUCAUCUGCGCCUUGUUCACGCAAUUUCAUUGGCUCUCGGACCCCCUCGCUGCUCUCCUGCUGCCCCGAAUAGGCGCCAAACUCCCACCCUCCUACGUGCGGGAUUUCUCCCGCUGCACACACCACACUGCCUGGCACAGCUUUUUCAACACCAUCUGCGCUGGCACCAACUUCCUGGAACCUUCCCUGCACCUACUGCACAACCUCAGCCCCACAAAUGUCCUCGCUACAAGCAGUGGCGCUUGUAACGAGACCAAAUCAGCGAGUACUGUAGCAGAGAGCGGUAAAUUAUAUAACAGGAGCGUUCCUGUGACUAUAGUGCAUGGUGACAAAGACAAGCUGUGCCCGAUUGAAUCAAGCAGGGGGUUGGCUCGGCGGCAUCCGAACGUGAAGCUGUUGGAGGUUCGGGGAGUGGACCACAUUACAGUGGUGCUGGGUAGAGAGAAAGAAGCUGCUCAACAGAUUGUGGAGUUUGUUGAAGAAGCAGAGGCUGCAAGCAUGGAUGCAUGA